AGCAUAACUUUGAAACUCCGCCACUAGUUUUGAUUGAUGCGGCCGAGACGGAUUUAUCGUUGCUCGUUUCUCUGUUCGUCGUCGGACGAUCUCGCGUCAUCGCCAGUUUCCGGCAGAUCUUCGUCUGGUGGCAUAUCGAAGACUUCCUGAUCCAUCACAGGAAGCAUGUCUUUGAAUUUGAGCGGCGAUCUGCCACUGGACGACGCGUUGAUCGUCGAGGAGCAAGUGUCGACCGGCAUUUACAUUUUCUCCGCGAUCACGCUCGGUUUAAUCGGUUUCUUCGGUUUUGUCCUGAAUCUGCUGGUCAUCCUGUCGGUCGUCAAGGACUCCAAGGCGCUAUGGACGCCCAACAACGUGAUCCUCAUCAAUAUGGUCGUUGGGGAUCUUCUAGUAGCUGCGCUAGGAAACCCUAUCGCGAUGACGUCGGCCAUUGCGGGUACAUGGUACUGGAGCCACAAUAUGUGUCUGUGUUACGCUUGGUUCAUGACUACCAUGGGGUUUGCCAGUAUCGGAAACUUGACAGUGAUGGCAAUAGAGAGAUUUCUACUAGUGGCAUGCCCGAUAAAGGCUGUAUCGUUAAAGCAUAGUUACGUGCUGGCACUCCUGGUUUGGAUGUACGCGCUCUCUCUCUCGUUACCGCCACUCUUCAGCUGGGGAAAAUAUGGCCUGGAAGCGGGUAACAUAUCGUGUAGCGUCUCCUGGGAGUUGCAUGAUCCCGAGACGCACAGUGGCACUUACAUCGCCUUUAUAUUUGUCCUCGGGUUCUUCCUCCCCGUUAUACUAAUCAGCAGCAGUUACUGCGGCAUAGUAAGGAUUUUGAGGAACAUGAACAAGAGGAUCAGUCUGAGCAACAGACGGGAAACGAAAGUUAUAAGGAUGGUGUAUCUGAUGAUCCUCGCUUUCCUGAUUGCUUGGUCGCCCUACGCCGUGCUUGCGCUCGCGACUCAGUACUUUUACGCACGGACAUCGUAUAUUGUGGCGGUGCUGCCCUGUCUCCUCGCCAAAUCCUCUAUCUGUUACAACCCCAUAAUAUACGCGUGCCUGAACGUCCAAUUCUCCCGCGCGUGGAAGAAGAUGUUCUUUAUUAAUAAGAGCACAACUAGGAACAGCCAGCACACGGGUAUGACCACAUUGAACAAGAAAAAAAUGAGAAAUCUCAAUCGACGGCAGCAGCAACAGGCGUGUCAAGCAAAAAUAUAAGGGAAUCAAAUUGCGUUAUGCAUUUUGAUCCACCGUAUGAAGCACAAUGAGGAUGACAGAAAGGGAGAAGAUGCGCCCCGGGAAGGCGGCCAUUGGUUCACAUAAUAACGUGAGAAAUCGUUUAUCAUUUACUUUUAAUUAUCAAAGAUAACAGCUGCCAGUACAGUCGCUGCCAUACUCAGGUUUGAUACUUUUUAUCCUUUUCUCUUUUCUCAUUAUCGAUCCACUGUCCACUUGCGGCGUGAUUUCCGGCGGACACUCGUAAGGAUUGCGACAAGAGAAAAUCUGUCGCGAGAGACAAUGUUCAAUACGCGUGAGACGCGAGAAACGUAUUCGCUCAAAGAACUCGAAAAUUCUAACGUAAAAUCCCAGCACGGGUAUUGGAACAUGCGUGGGAACUUACACAUGCAAAUCAAGUCCGGUUCACCGUCAGAAUUCAUUACAGAGAAUCCAUGUAAAAUAAAUAAAGGUCAGCCAGAGUGAUUAAAUAAAAUAAAUUAAAUUAAAUUAAUUUUAUUUAUCUUCAUCGAUUGUUCAAUUCGAACGUCCCUCGUUUCGCGUGUUUCACUGUUAAUCAAAUUUUCUGUUAAUCAAAUUUUUCUGAUUGUAACGUAAUAAAUGACGAUAUGUAUCGAUCUUCA